AUGGACGCCCACAACCAGCAGCGCUUACCUCCCAAGGCGGCUGGCCUCAACAACAUCCUCAACAGCGAACACGCUCCAGGUCCUAUCCAGAACGGUACUCCCCACAUGCGAGAUUCGGGCUUCUAUUCCAACGGGGACGCCUCCAGUAAGCACACAUCUGCAGCAUCUUUCAAUGUAAAUGGUCUCAGCCCAGCUGGUUCCAGCUAUCCAUCUUCGUCGCACGAAAAGACACCUUCACCGAUCGCUGCCAACAUGGUUCCCCAAACAGCUGUAUCGCCCUCGACAACCAACAUGAGCGUCGCCGCCAUGGUAUCCCCCAACACAACAGGCGGCCUUGAUCCACGCCGUGAUCGGCCCAUAUCAAUCGAGUCCAGCGGCACCGGCCAUACGAUGGGCGAAACUUUGGCACCUGGAAUGGCGGCACUAAGGCGAGAAAGCGUUGAUAGUCGCAUGAACCAAACCUUCAGUGAUCUGCGCCUUAACAACUCCCCCUACGCAUCCAACAACCACUCGACGACCUCGAUUCAAAACACCCUUCACAGUCAACGGAACCCCCACCAUCUUUCGGCCCAUCGAAUUUCCAAUGGCUACCAACCAAGCGCAGAACGGAAUCCUGAUAACAAGACCGUCAAGACAGCACCUGCUAUUACUGGACCUGCGACUGGGCACAUUGCUCGAGCGGCAGAGCCUACCAAGGGUCAGGCAUGGGCUUUCCCUGAAGAAGAGAUCCAACGAGUUGGUGGCGCACCCACGUACACUGACUCAAGGCGCAGCAGCAUUACAGAGUCAAUUGCGAGCAGCCAGUUCACGACCGAGUCGCGCCUCCCGGCCGGUCAACUGAGGCUCGAGACCGACUAUUCCCGCAUGUCUAGUGCCCCGGACUUCCCACCUGUCCAUCACCACUCUAUGCAACACAAGCAAUUGAGUGAUCUCCAGGCUGAGGAAGGCAAUGGGCCCACAGGGUCACAGCCGUAUAGCAGAACACCGGAGUUGAGGGUCAGCCACAAACUCGCCGAGCGCAAGAGGAGAACCGAAAUGAAGGAGUUGUUCGACCAACUCCGUGACCUUAUGCCCCAAGAGCGAGGCUCAAAGGCUUCCAAAUGGGAAAUUCUGACGAAAGCCAUCGCCGAGCAUCAAAAGCAGCACGAACAUAUCAGAGUGCUCACAACUCACUACAACAGCGCUGCUGCAGAAGUCGAAAUACUUCGCGGUGAGAUGAGUAGGCUAGUCGAGGAGAAUCGCCAGCUCAGAGGAUCUUCAUCUUCAGCACCAACGCCAUCCUCAAGACCUGCGUCUACAACUUAUCAAGGGGAUCAUUAUGCCACUCCUAACCGACCAGAGCUGCCACCUAUCCGCUCACUGAGCAACAACGUGGCCAAUGGUCCAGACUCAAUGACUGGUGUCCAGUACGACAACCCUCAAAGUAAUGGGUACCGGCAAGAGCGAUACUAG